CACCACUCUUUCACUUCCCCCACCGAAGGUGACUAUGAUCGUAACCCGCACGAUUGGGCUUGGUAGGAAAGCCUUUGUGGCUCGAGCUGCAUUCCGCACACCGACCCAAAGGCUCAUCACUUCGUCUUAUCGAGCCGUUCAGGUCGAAAGUGUUUCGCCUUCCUCUCAAGCUAUUCUCAAUAGUCAACGUUUAAGGCGGCCAUCAAGCCCUCAUUUCACCAUUUACCAGCCUCAAUUGACGUGGCUCCUCAGCAUCGUUCACCGUGUCGCUGGCGUGGGACUCAGUGUUGGUUUAUAUGGUUUCCUGCUGGGAUAUUUGGCAGCGCCCGUUCUCGGCAUUCCAUUUGACUCCACUCACAUCAUUGAAUACGUUCAUGGCGUUCCAGACUGGGUAAAAUACACUGGAAAAGCAAUCGUAGCUUUUCCUUUCACUUUCCACUCUCUGAACGGGUUGCGCCACUUGUCCUGGGAUUUGGGAGCAUUCCUUAGCGUGCGUUCUGUGUAUCGCACGGGCUACACUGUGAUUGCAGCAUCCAUUGCUUCUGGCAUUGCACUCCUACUCUCAUAAGUAGUAAUGUUGACCCGAGCCGCCGCCUCCAUACCCGGUGUUCAUUACUGUACUGUGAUACGAAAUUAUGGAUUUCUGGUAGGGUUGUUUCAACGAAAUAGAAUACUGUAGCGUGCCUGAAAGUGGUGCCUUUUUUUAAAA